UCCUCAUUUAUUCACAGUCAUUCAGGGUAAGUCACCAAGCAUUUUUAAUCACCUUCUGUGUGCCAGACACUGUGCUAAGUGGUGCAGGUACAAAGACAGGGAAAAUCAACCUCUGCUCUCAAGGACCCAGUCAGUGGGAGACAACAAAAGGCACCCAGCUAUGUACAAACAUUAUGUAAAAAGGACAAAUUGGAGUUAGUCAACAAAAGGUCUGUUCUAGGAUUAAGGGGAUGGGGGGGAAGUUCUUGCUGAAUGGAGAUGCGAUUUUAGGUGGUACCUGAAGGAAGACUGGCAUGCCAGGAGAUGAGCAGGAGAAAGGAGAGAGUUCCAGGCAAGGGGGAAAACGGGUAGAAAUGCUGAGAGUCAGGAAAUACGUUGUUGGUGUGUUAAAGUAGUGCAGAAAGACUACAAAGGUAUUAGGCAGCCAGGUUAGGAAGAGUUUAGGAAACCUAAUAGGACUUUAUAUUUGAUUCUGGAAUAGAAAACCACUAGAAUUUCUUGAAUAGAGAACUGAUAUGAAGAGACCUUAAAUAGAGCAGAAUCAGUUGAACAGCUGAGAGUGAGAUGGACUGGAUCAGGGACAAAGUUAUUGCAGGGAGAUCCAUGAGAAGGCUUUUUUUUGGGGGGGGUUGGUGAGGGCAAUUGGUGUCAAGUGACUUGCCCAGUACAGGCCAGCUGUAAUGAUUUUGAUAGUAAUGCAGUCCAUCAUCUUCAGCCUCUACAGUGAUGACUGGGAGAGUAUAGUCUGUCCGAGACCCACUGCCACUGAACCAGGCAGGGACUCCAGAAUGCAGGAUGGCAGCACCAUAGAUAAGGAGAUUGGGAGGCUGUCUUGGUGGCUGAUAGCAGCAGGCUAAAUUAUUGCUUGUCAAUAUUCUCUUGUCAAGAUAUUCGUAGACACCCUGUUUUCCAGGGCUAAGGCCAAGCAAGUAAGCUGUGUCCUGAGCUUGGCAUAACAAUGAUCCUCUGUCCUCACCAUCUGGGUGAGCUCACCCCUGGCAAAAUCAUAUAAUUACGACGUUGCUUUGACCAGGUAUUCUGUGAGCUCAGAAAAGCACCAGAGAAGUACCCAUGUUCUGGUGAUGAAGUCCUAUUAUGAAUCAAACUUGUCCCAUUGUUGCUGUUACUUCUCCCAGACCUGAGCUCAAAUCCAAGUUCAGACACUUGCUAGCUGUGGGACCCUGGGCAAGUCACUUCACCCUAGUUUACACAUGUACAAAAUAGGGUCUUUAACAGCACCUGCUUCGCAGGGAUUUUGUGAAGACCAGAUGAGAUAGUCAUUAUAAGGUAGUUAGCUGUGCUUGGAACACAGUAAGCACCAAGUAAAUGUUAGCUCUGAGUUUUAUUGAGCCCAUCUAGCAGACCACUGGCAUUCCCCAGGCCCAGCCAAACACUCUCCACGUCUCCUGGUUUCCCUCGGGUCAGUCUCCUUGGCAGAGGAAACAGACACAAAGCCAGCACGGUCUUGCCCCGGCGGGCGCCCCCUUAACCUCUCCUGCUGCCCCGGGCCCACUCGUGUCCUGCUCCUCCUGGAUGCCCCAGGGGGCUGAGCAAGCUCUUCUGGAAUCCAUGGCCUGCCUGUGGUUUCCCUGAGAACCGUGCCUUCCCUGCCUGUUUGCGUCACUUCCUGCGACAAGACACUGGUGCACAGGAAGCACUUCAUUAGAGUCGCGGCCUGUUGUGACUGGCUGCAAGAGUGGGAGAGACUGGGCUGGACGACGCGCGGAGGAGCCCUCCGGGGCUGUGAAGACAAUGCACGAGCUCUCCCUUCUGUGGCCGCUGCUCUGUCCAGGAGGACAACCUGGAGGAAGAGGGAAUGGCGCCUGCCCUCACAGCCGGGCCCCGGAAGGAAUCAGUGACGUUCAAGGAUGUGGCUGUGGAAUUCACCCAGGAAGAGUGGGUACAAUUGAACCCAUCUCAGAAAAAGCUGUACAGGGAUGUGAUGCUGGAGAACUAUAAGAACUUAGUCUCUUUGGGAUACCAAUGCCAUGCCAUGAAACCAAAUCCCUUACAUUUGAAUUGUCAUUCGAAGAUUCUGAAGAUGAAGUGGCCAAAGUACCCGGCGCUAAGAUCCUUUCUCUAUCUGAACUGCCAAGCAUUCAAACUAUACUGCAGAGAGUGUGACUCCAAUUGGCUGGCCAUGCUUUUUGAAUGCCAAAUCCAUGUUUACCUAAAAGACUAUUGUAUGGAGAACUCACACAAAGCAAGUUCUCCCAUGAGGUCAAAAGAAGCAAUACCAAGGACACUUCUAAUGUCUCUCUGAAGAACUUCGGAAUCACUUGUGUGACAUGGGAGACAUUGGCAAAGGACCAACCCACAUGGUAUAUCCCUGUCAAAGAAGGCACUGUGUUCUGUGAGCAAAGCAGAAUUGCAGUAGCUCAAAAGAUAUGUGAACUGCACAAAUUUAGA